CUGCAUAUGAAUUUGGCCUAAUAUUUUAUUCAACAUCUCUGUUAGCUGUCCCUCAGAUUGAUAAGAACGCUGACCGUAUCGUUCCGCCCAAUAAGCAACCUGCUCCCAUCCCUACUUCAAGAGUUCCAGUGCCUCUUGCUCUCUCAGGUUCAAGGCCUCUGGAGGUUAGCCCUGCUUCAACUAAAGCCAUGGAUGCCAAGCAGAUGUUGCAUAUGAACCAAGGACAAGGAGAAACUAGCUAUGUUCAAAACUCCAAUAUGCAGAGUGCUGAGCAGAACAGGAUGAAGCCCCUGAUAGAAGCGGCGAUCGUUCAUGUAUGCAGCAAUGCCAGCACCUUGUCACAUGGAAAGAUGGUGAUUGCCGACUUGGGCUGCUCCUCUGGCCCAAAUGCGGUAGCACUGGUGUCGAUUGCCCUCGAGGCCACCCACAGGCACUUUCUUCAGCUGCGGCAGCCACCCCCGGAAGUCUGUAUACUCCUCAAUGAUCUCCCAUACAAUGACUUCAACACGGUGGUGAAGGACCUGGUUCAGCUCCGGCAAAUCAAAGAGCCUAUUGUUGUGACUGGUGUUGUACCAGGGUCAUUUUACGAGAGGCUCUUCCCUAGUGGAUCCUUGCAUCUUGUAUGCUCAUCGAACAGCCUUAAUUGGCUCUCAAAGGCUCCUGAAGAUUUAAGGAUUAACCAAAUCCCGGCGUAUGACAUCGAUGAGUAUGUCAGGCGUGAAAGACUACCGGUAGUAGCUGGAGCUUAUGCAAGGCAGUUCAGGAAAGAUUUUACAGUUUUCUUGGAGCUGAGAGCCAAAGAAUUGGCCCCAGAAGGCAUGAUGGUUGUUUCCGUUCCGGGGAGGCGUUGCGAUGAACUCAUCAACGAAAUCUCUCACAUCUGGGGAAUGAUAGCUCAAAUUUUAGCUAUCAUGGCCUUGGAGGGUGUGAUUGACAAAGCAAAGUUUGAAUCUUUCUACAUGCCGAUUUACGGACCAUCCCAAAGAGAGCUAAGGGAAAUCAUCCAGGAAGAGGGCUCCUUCUCAAUCACAGAGAUGCGGGUACACGACCUUAACAGCGGGAUGGACAGCACGUUCCUCACCCCAAACAGGGUGGCGAAUGGUAUGAGAGCUGUACUUGAGCCGAUAAUAAACCAGCAUUUUGGAUCCUCUGGAGAGGUCAUGGAUGAAUUUGUGAGGACCGCCGAGAAGCACCUGAGCGGUCAAGGCAGCUCGUAUGUCAAUCAAACUGAAAGCCCGAUAGUUUGGUUCGCUCUAUCGCUCGCCAAGGCUUGAAUCGACAACUGUCGUGUUAUUUCUUAGCUUGUAUCGUCCACCAAUAUCAUUCCAAUCGGAUUUUCAAGAGAUGGAAAAGACUAAUAUCUCUGUAAUAAUAUUUUCGUUUUUUGAGCCAAGUCUUUUCCCUUUUUUCUUUAUGAUACAAAAUGCAAUUGAGUAUGCUACUGAAGCUUCCCAGAGGCAUAUUAGACUUCCUCAUAUGUUAAUUUCAUAAGAAUACAUAACAAGGCGGAACAAGGUAUUGAA